AGGUGUUACGCGCCCCACCCGCGGUAAGCGAGCAACCGACCGCGCUGUCACAGUCGUAAACAUCCCCACACCCUGUCUCGGUGAAUCCAACACACAAGCAGAAGCGAUGGCGACAGGAAGGUUGGUUGUGCUGAUUGCGACUCUGCUGCAAGCUUGCCAAGUGAACACACAAAGGGGGCAACGUGGCCCUGCAAUAAGUACUCUGAAAGACUUCAAGGCGUUUCGGAACUUGCCGUCCCUCCGCUGUCAUGCGCAGAUCGGCACCGGGGGACGUCAGUCUGACCUUCUCGACACCGAGGCUAAGUUGAAUGCCUUUGAAAAGACACUUCCUGAAGCUAACAGGACAUUCUUCCAACAAAUAAGACAGAGCAAAAAUCAUGACUGGUCUCCAUUUACCUCGGAUGAGGCCAGGGAGACCUUUACGUUCCUCGUCUCGGCCUUGGACCAAACUGGUAAAGCCCUUUACCUUAACGUCACGCAACAGUGGGACCAGAUUGACUACACUACCCUGCUGGACGUUCUACGAACAUGGGACCCUUCUGUUCAUCUGGUGUUGUCGAAAACAGCUCACUGCUUUGUGUUUGGCGAACUGAAUGAGACGGCACUGGAAACAUACUGCCAAAGGUUUCUAGAGGAGAAGGUGUCGACCGCCAUUAUGUUGGCAACCAUCAAUAGGUGCGGAGACUGUGUGGCUCUCGGAGUUAGGAACCGCUUUGAUGACGGGAUCAUCGGCAGGAUGUCGGACCCCAAGUGCCGGGCGUAUAUGCAGAAGGUCGCGCAGUACCAGCCUACCGGCUGGGACGUCUACCACAUGACCUGGUGUCCACACGUCGUCACCGUCAGGGACAUCGGCAGGAUCGAAGACAGCAAUUUCUGUAAUGCCACACAACAGGGCCGUCUGAAGGAAAAGAGGUUCUACAGCAAGCUGAGGUCAGGGGUCAGGAGGAAGAUAGGUCAGAAGCUCAUCUUAUGUUUCGGUCAACUGUCUCAGUGGACAGCUCAGCAACUUACAGAUUUCGCCAACUAUGUGGUCAACAUGCCUCGUGACGAUAUCGACAACAUGACGGUUGCUCAGCUCCUGGCCAACCUGGAUACCUUUUUGGACGUAGACGACGUGAAAGAAACCAAGUUCCUUCGUAUCCUUGGUUACAAGAUCGGCGACUGGUGGGAAGCUAAUUCGGGGUCGCUCACAGAACAACAGAAAACUAAGUUGAUCUGCGUGGUAGUAAAGUUCGCCCCGUUGAGGAAACUGAUUGACAAGACCCUGAGCAAAAGUGACCUUGAGACCUUUGUGAAGAACUUCACAUCCAACUGUCCGGCAGAUUUCGAGAUUUCACCAAAAGAUGCCAAACGGAUUCUGAAGCGUAUCGUUACGGCUGACGGCUUUUCGUGGACAGCGCAAGCUAUUACAGACUAUGGCCGCCUCAUCGGUGGUCUCCCCAUCAGCGUCCUCAAGAACAUCUCCGACGACGUCCUCUGUGACAACUGGCAGAUGAUCAAUGAAGCAGACAUGUCAAGGGCAGUGCUGUCUUAUAUAUGGGACAAGUGCAAAUCAAAAUUUGGAAGUCCUUCGGAUUACACCUGCGAAGGAAUUGUGGAGGUCGGCGUUCUCGUCAAGGUCGUCCCCAGAUCCGUCGUCAAAGACAUACCAGACGCCGUCAUAGCAGGAUGCAUACAGAGCAUGACAUCUAAACUGGAACCUGUGUGUCCACGACGUCGAGGCCUUUGCAGACUCAUCAUGAAGAAGGUGAAGAACCACGCGAUGGCAAACAACGAGACGCUCGGAACUUACAUCCGGCAAGUCGGGCCUAACCUUGGCAGGAGUGUGCGUGACCUAUCUGGUGUUGACAUCACGUCCCUUGGUGGCAUUGACAACCUUAAAUCCCUUCAAUUUUCUAGAGAAACGGCUAACGCUGUAUGGAAGAAGGUGACGAGUAGCUUCGGACCCGUGAGCCACACCAACAGGAAUUUCUGCGGGACACAGUUUGAGAGGAUUGCAGACCUCUUCUUCUCCGCAGCUAGUGAUGCGGACUGGGAGAACUUGUGUGAGGAUGAGAGUCUCAUGGAGAAUAUCGCCAGGGCGGCCAAACACAUCCAACAGCUGUCUGGUAGAGUGAUCCGAGGUAUCGUGAAGAAGCUGAUGCGAGUCUUUGGCGCCUCUGGGAAGGUGAAGGAUGUAUGCAUUGACGGCCCUCUUAUCGACCAGGUCGGCAUGUUCCUCGCCCACGCGCGCGGAAAGGACUUGGUCAAGUUCAGCCGUAAGACCCUGCGGUCAGUGAUGCGCGUGGUUGGAGAGAAAAAGGAAUAUAUCGAGAAGGUCACUCGGUCUCAGAUGAAACUGUUGACGAAGAUCGCACUCAAGGUUCAGGAGACACAGAAAACGUCGUUUUCUGCUGACGACAUCGACCUUAUCGGCCCCUUCGCCAUGUGCGGCAUGAGCGCUGGCGACGUCAACAAGAUGACCACCGACGCCUUCAAGAAAUACGGCAUGUACUUUCUGAAGUGUCCCCAGCUGGACGUGACCACGAAGAAGGCCAUCGUCAAGAAGCUCUUGGCUGCAGUCACGAAGAUUCAAGCAAGUGACUUGGAAGAUCUUGGGGCAGCUAUGGUGUUCGCUCUGGACGAGAUUCCAGCCACUGACAUGAAUUUAGCCCUGAAGGAGGAACUGGUCUCAAUCCUCCAAGGGGUGAUGGAGAAGGUGUCUGAGUUCCGUGAGGAACAAGAGAAGAGAGACAACAGGGACAUCGGUACGGAGGAAAAGACGACAUACAUGACGGCGGUGAAGAAGGCCUCUGGGGACUUGUGGAACUUUGCCAUCGAGGUGACCACAGCCAACCAGCAGCAAGCUGCCAGAAGGAAGAGGGCGACAGGUAGUGGCGACUGCACGACUGUCUCUGAGUUCGGGAGCAACUUGGACUUCCUUACAGCCAGCCAAAUCGCCGGUCUGGCUCCAGCUGAGGUGGGAGGUUGUCUGGCCCAACUGUCCACGACGAAAUGGAACGCUGCUCAGUGUGCUGCACUCAGGGAUCAGCUCAUGCACGCCGACGCCCUAGGCAGCGAUGUCAAAACCUGGGGCAAAACCGACGUCCAGGCUCUUGGUACAAUGGUGGACUGUCUGACGUCACAGGAGGUCCAGUCUCUGGACGUGGAUGAUGAGGUCCUCCAAGCGCUGGGCGCCAUGCCACUUGCUAAGUCAGCCGAUGUGAUGGUGGCCUACCUGAACAAGACGGGAGCUGACCUGACGACGUUGGACGAUGAGACUCUGGGAGACAUGGGCAACAUGGUUUGUGGCUUCACAGCAGCUCAGAUUGGGGACAUGCAACAGACGGCCGUACACGAGGCAGCCAAGGACCUCAACACUGUGCAGUGCAUGGACCAGACCCAGCUGACUGCCGUGGGCAGCAAAGUCGUGGCCGUGGAGGGGUCGGACUGGAGCGGCAAGGAUGCUGCUGUGGUCGGGGAGUUCGGGGUGUUUGUAGGUGGACUUCCCCAGAACACCCUCAGCUCGUUCACCAAUGAACACAUCAAGGAGAUAGAACCAGAAGCUAUCUCCUCCAUGCCCCCAGCUACCCUGGCCAGUGCGUUCACGGCCGACGAGCUGGCCCAGCUGACGACCGAGCAGAGUAACGCUGUCUCGGAUCUCCAGAAGCAGCAGCUGAGUCCCGCCCAGAAAUCCAUCAUCGAAGAGUCCGCCUCCUUCAACGUGGUUCUCAGUAUCGUGGACACCCUAGAUCCAAAUAACGGGGCAAGUGUCCGCCAUCUUAGCCUCGUUUUGGCUACGAUCUGGUCCGCUGUCGCUAUUGCCUUAUUUUAAAGGGUACACUGUGGGUUUGACCAAGGACGCAUAUUUUUACUGAUACAUUUCACACAUUGAUUGUGUUCAACCCUGUUUCUAUUUGUCAUUUAUUUUGUCAUGUUUUUAAACGGUGUGUCACCGAACUCUGAGAUAGUCAUAGCGUCAUAGCUGUUGUUAAAGAGGGGAUAAUCUCGGCCAGUUGGCAGUCCCAGCAAAUUUGAUUUACGUCUAUCAAAACCCAAACUGCUGAUGUAUAAUGCACAAAAGAAGUAAAGGAACACCCGAUUUCUUUUCAUAUUACUAGUUAAUAUGUCAUGGCUAGUGGCAUUUGCAACACAGCCUUCCAAUUGUGGGUGUUUAACUUGUUUUGAGUACUAGUAUAUAUUCAUCUGGCAGUUGAUAAUUACCCAUAGACAAUGCCCCAUCUAUAACGUAUAGUCUGGGUUGGAACUCGGCGGCCGACAGUGAGGCAGCGUCCCACUUUAAUAACCUCACGCUUUCAACAAAAAGACUUUUUUUAUGUGACGUCUCGCAACGCUAACGAGAAGAAUGAUAAAAUUAUAACAUGUAGUUCUUCAGUCCGUCCACAUACCAUGCCGUCUCGUUAUAAUUGUCUCCCUGUAUCCAUGGCAGUAUUGCGGGUAUUUCUUUACAAUUGAAGUCAGUAAAUAGUUGAAGAUCCGGGGUAGAACAGGUCUUCAGCAACCAAUGCUUGCCGUAACAGGCGACUAUGCUUGUCGUAAGGGGCGACUAACGGGAUCGGGUGGUCAGGCUCGCUGACUUGGUUGAUGCAUGUCA